CGUGAGCUGGCUCAUUAUAGCUAACAAACUAAAAUCUUAGCUCGCCUCGCCUCAUUAACAGCCUAGUCGAGGCAGCCACGAGCCGGUCGAGUUUUCGUCCGGUAGAAUGGACUUUUCUUCAACCCUAAAAACCGAGCCUCACUGAGCGCCGAAAAAAGAACAGAGGAGUUCGCAAUUUCGCAGAGCAGCCCAACAAGCACUCCUUCGUUCCCCAACGGCCCAGCCCAUUCCGUCUCCCGUCUCCCGCAAGGAAUUCCCUCCCGCAACGGCCAGCCGCCAGUCCCCAGUCGCAACAGGCAGUCAGGCAGAGGCGGAGCGGGGCGUCCCCAGCAGGUGUGGCCGGAGGGGCGUCUGCGGGGGAGCCGGCGAGGGGCAGCGGGGCUGCUCCGUGGGUACGACUGGCGGGGCGUCCACCGGUCUACGGGUGGGGGGCAGCGGCAGGGCUGCUCCGCGGCUACGAUCGGCGGGGCGUCCGCGGGCGUCGGCGCAUCGGCCCGCUGCGGGACAUCGGCGCUGACUCAGCCAGGCCAGCGGUGCCUCGGCUCCGCGCAUCUGUGCAUUGGUGGGGCGCGUGGUGCGCGAACGAGGGAGCAAACUUGGCUGAUGGAGAUGAAUGCUGGUGGCCUGGACAGGAACAAGGACCAGACGAAGGAGUCAAAGCUGAUGGAGGUGAAUGCUGGUGGCCUGAAUAGGGGCAAGGACCUGACAAAGAAGCGACACUGGAAGGACAGUGUGCUGAUGGAGGUGAACACUGGUGUUCUUGGCAGGGGUAACGAAGGAAAGAAGCGACAUCGAAAGGACAGUGAGGAUGGCGAAAGGAAGAAGAUACGCAAGAAGAAUUCAGAGGCAGAAAGCUAUAAGGAGAGAGGAAAGAGGCACAUGGAGGCAGAAAACUAUGACCGGGACAACGACAAGGAGAGAGGAAAGAGGCACAUGGACCAUGAAAACAAACUAAAUUUGAGGCAUGGAAAAGAUGUGAAGAAGGAAAUGUCAAGGAAAUAUGAUAAGCAUCGUCACUAUGGUGGUCAGAGGAGGGAAAAGGGUCACCUUAAGGAAAAGGAUCAUGUUGAGGAAAAGGGUCAUUCUGAGGACAGGGACAGGCAUGGAGAAAGAAAGGGUUUGGGGAGGAAGAGUGAGAGCUGGAACAACAACCAAGGCUUACUGGAUUUGGGGAGGAAGAGUGAGAGGUGGGACAGCAACCAAGAUUUGGUGAGGAAGAGUGAGAGGUGGAGCAGUAACCAAGGCAACCAAGGGUUCCUGGAUAGGUGGGUACCAACGAGGGACAGCGAUGAGGAAAGAAUCCAAGAUUUGAGAGCGACCAACCUAGCGAAGAAAAGGGUGAAAAGUGUGAGGAGAAGAAAGUGAAAUCUGCCUGGCUGAGUGAGGAAACAGAGAACCAACAUCACUCACCAGUUACCCUGAGUGAUGUGGAGUUUUCUAAUGAUUUUGACAGCAGAAUCAGUGGCCGAGAGUUUAAGAUUGCCCAAGAUUAUGGUCAUUCGAAGUCGGAGGGACCAAAGGAGAAGAAAGUAGUUUGAUAUUGCCCAAGAUUAUGGUCAUUUGAAGUCAAAGGGACCAAAGGAGAAGAACGUGUUUUCAUAGCUGAUCACUGGAUGAAUUUUGAAGGUCAUGAUUUCUGUAUCUUGUGAAAAAUAAUAAACAUGGAGUACAUGUAGGUAAACUGGUUUGAACCAUGCUUACAACCUCAUGAAGUACACCCAUUGAUAAUCAUGUGAUCAGUCGGUGUAAUAUCAGGGCUUCAGGCUUUCUGAGGGAAGAAAUGUGUAUCAAUUUUUUCGAGAACAUGCAACGGCAUGUGUUUCAUUAAGCAGAAAAGAAAAGAAAUGUGUAUCAA